UUCUGUGUCGUCGAAAUCAAGGCCCAGGCUUUAAACGGAGAAAACAACAAGUCCAUCUUCUCAGUAAGACAGUAACUAAUCUCGCCGGGUAUGGGGUUAUGGACUUUCAUUCAAGGCAUGUUGCUGGUUGCAAACGGAUUGGCGAUUCUGAAUGAGGAUCGGUUUCUUGGUCCGAGAGGUUGGACCAUGCUAGAAGUUCAAAGAGGGAAUAGGAGUACGAUGAAGGGGCAGCUUAUAGGGCUGAUUUACGCAUGCCAGUACUUCAGAUUUUUGCUGAUACUCAUCAACUUCAUUACCAUUAUUCUCAAACUCGUAUAUGGUUGAGGGUUUGUGUUUGUAAUUCAAGAAUCUUUGCUGGGUGUCUGUGUUUGAUUUCUUUGUGCAUAGACUUUUAGUCCCAAAUGAAAUUUCAGGAAAAAGGGUCGUUGAAUCUGUUAGCAGGCUUGUAUGUUAUGAGAGUGCUUUCGAUCCAUGGCUUUGUUGUUGUAUACUAGAUAUUGUUUCUGAAUUGAAUAUCAGUUUCAAGAGUUGGCUGUUUCGUAUGA